AUGAUGGCUUCACUAUCAACAUUCUCGACGACAGUACCCUUACGGGUUGCUGCACGACCGCAGACUUACCUCUUCCUGGCUGUACGCACCUACUCCGGGGUCGCAGCCUCGACAAUCAACUCUUCAUGUCUCGCCAGACAACGCGCGUCACCCUUGACUUACACUCCUAAACGCCUGAUCUCCUCAACACCUCAACCUCAGAUCAAAGAGUUCUUCCCACCCCCCGCCAAUCCAGCAGUGAAAGAAGUGGCCUCGGCAUGGUCGCAUCCGAUAUACACGGAAGCGCAAAUGAACAAUGUGAGGGUUGCACACCGCGAAGCCACCGAUUGGUCUGAUUGGGUCGCCCUGGGCACCGUCCGUUUCUUCCGGUGGGGAAUGGACUGGGUAACGGGAUACAAACACCCGCAGCCCGGGCAGGAAAUAUCGGAGAAGUUCAAGAUGACGGAGCAGAAAUGGUUGACUCGCUUCAUCUUCCUGGAGAGCGUGGCGGGUGUGCCUGGAAUGGUGGGUGGUAUGCUGAGGCACUUGAGAAGUCUACGACGCAUGAAGCGCGACAAUGGAUGGAUCGAGACUCUCCUCGAAGAAGCAUUCAACGAGCGAAUGCACCUGCUCACCUUCCUCAAACUGGCCGAGCCAGGCUGGUUCAUGCGUCUGAUGGUCCUCGGCGCCCAGGGUGUCUUCUUCAAUGGCUUCUUCCUGUCGUACCUCAUUUCCCCACGGAUCUGCCACCGCUUCGUGGGCUAUCUGGAAGAAGAGGCCGUGUUGACAUACACGCGGGCCAUCAAGGAACUGGAAGAUGGACAUCUACCCGAAUGGGAAAGUCUCAAAGCACCCGAGAUUGCCGUGAACUACUGGCAGAUGCCCGAGGAUCAACGCACGAUGAAGGACCUGCUGCUGUAUAUUCGUGCCGAUGAAGCCAAGCACCGCGAGGUCAACCAUACACUGUCAAACCUAGACCAGGCGGCGGAUCCUAACCCCUACCAGACGGAGUAUCAGGACCUGAGCAAGGAUCAUCCGACCAAAGGAAUUGAUAAUCUGAAGGCGACGGGCUGGGAGCGAAAGGACAUCUUUUAG